GCAAUAAAUACACUUUGGAUUUCGGAACGUUUGUUUUUAGUUUUUCUGUAGCAAUGGCGACGGUGAUUGUUAGUUCGGCUCGCCAGGUGGGGAGGCUAACUAGUGCUGCUCGCAGGCUUUAUUCGGAUGUAUAUCCCAAGAUAACUACACAUUAUACCGUGCACCCCAGAGAUAAGGAUCCGAGAUGGAAAGAUAUCAACAUGGAACGCAUGGCGGAGGAGACAGAUAUUCUCAUCAUUGGUGGAGGACCAGCUGGCAUGGCUGCGGCCAUCAGAGCAAGACAAAUAGCUGAGGAAAAGGGGGCUGAAGUCAGAGUAACAUUACUAGAGAAAGCCGCAGAAGCAGGUGGCCACAUUCUCUCCGGAGCGUGUGUAGAUCCCAUAGCUCUUAACGAAUUGAUUCCUGACUGGAAAGACAAGGGAGCACCCUUGGAUACCCCUGUGACAUCUGAUAAGUUCGGUCUGCUCACGAAGGGUGGCAGAAUACCUAUACCUGUGUUUCCUGGUUUACCAAACUACAACCACGGUAACUAUGUAGUGAGGCUCGGACAUCUUGUGCGCUGGCUUGCAGAACAAGCUGAGGCGGUUGGUGCUGAGGUAUGGCCCGGAUGCGCCGGCGCAGAGCUAUUAUACCGUGAUGAUGGAUCACUAAAGGGAGUGGCUACAGGCGAUGUUGGUAUUGCGAAGGAUGGAAGCCCUAAAGACAUGUUCGAGAGAGGAAUGGAGUUCCAUUCUAAGAUCACUAUUUUUGCUGAAGGAUGUCACGGACAUUUAACAAAGAUGGUGUCAAAGAAAUACAAUCUUCGGGAAAAGAGUGAGCCACAGUCUUACGGUAUUGGUUUGAAAGAACUGUGGGAAGUUAAACCAGAGAAUCACAAGCCCGGUCUAGUCGAGCACACAAUUGGUUGGCCGCUUGACAGGAACACCUACGGGGGCUCCUUCAUAUACCACCUCAAUGAAAGCGAAGCCCCACUUGUGGCCGUGGGCUUCGUGGUGGGACUGGAUUAUAGCAACCCGUACCUGAGCCCCUUUAGGGAGUUCCAGAGAUUUAAACUGCACCCCUAUGUGAAGCCCAUGUUUGAAGGCGGUACCCGCAUAGCCUACGGCGCCAGGGCUCUAGUGGAGGGUGGUUGGCAGUGCCUCCCCAACCCGGUUUUCCCCGGGGGUUGUUUGGCGGGAGAUACCGCGGGAUUCCUCAAUGUGCCCAGGAUAAAGGGCACGCAUAAUGCUAUGAAGAGUGGUAUGCUAGCAGCAGAAAGUGCAAUGGAGUUAAUAUUAUCAGGAGAAGCAUCUCAUGAGAAGGGAGUCACUCCUACACUGUAUGAAGAUAAAUUGAAGGAAUCCUAUGUUUAUAAGGAAUUGAAGCAAGUCCGCAAUUGCCGUCCAUCAUUCCACACAUCACUAGGUCUAUACGGCGGCAUCGCUUACUCAGCAUUUUCCACGCUCGUCCGGGGAAAAGAACCCUGGACAUUGAGUCAUGGAGGUGCCGACCACGCAAGAUUGAAGCCGGCGAAGGAAAGCACGCCCAUAGAAUAUCCCAAACCAGACGGUGUUGUUACUUUUGAUCUGCUCUCAUCUGUGGCUUUAACAGGCACAAACCACGAAGCGGACCAGCCCGCACAUCUCACGCUACAAGACGACUCUGUGCCCGUUAAGAACAAUCUCAACAUUUACGAUGGUCCAGAGGCUAGAUUCUGCCCUGCUGGUGUAUACGAGUAUGUACCUAUGGAAACUGGAGAUGGACAGAGGUUGCAGAUUAAUGCUCAAAACUGCAUACAUUGUAAAACAUGCGACAUCAAAGAUCCGUCACAGAACAUCAACUGGGUGGUACCUGAAGGUGGCGGUGGUCCAGCUUACAACGGAAUGUAGAUAAUUAUACAAAAACUAUUUAUUUGUGAGACAUAGAUUAUGUAUCUAUACAUGGACAAUGUAGAAAAGGCACAAAAAAAAAAUAUUUAAAAAAAUGCCAGGAAUGAAAAUGGAAUCGAAUAUUUUUAAAUAUUGGCGGCAAUUCAAAGCCAAAUUCAAAUCGAAUACAA